AUGUCUCGGUCCAAUAGCGUGAGCCCUCCUGGAGUGGGGCAUCCUGGCCUGAGGGGAGGGACCGAGCACAAGUCCGCCUGGGCCGAGUCAGAGUCGGUGUCAAACGGCUGCCCAUACUCCUCCAGAGCUCCUCCGGCACCAGCACGCUCCACCAACAACAACAGCCGCUGGAGAGAGGACCAUGAGGCGGACCCGGAGCACCGACACCCCCCGCCAGCUCGGUCCUCCACAACCACUGUCAGCCGGGUCAGCUUCCGCUCCCGGGCCGCUUGGCAGGACCAUGGAGAGAAACAGCAACCGCAGAAUCAACAGAACCAGAGCCAGUCUCCUAAACGCGAGCUGAGAGCCAACAAGUCCGUGGAGCUCGGGCUACAAGAGCGCAGGGGAGUCGCGAACAAGCUACCCCCCAUAUCCACCAAGAGCGAGCCCGAGCAGGACGCGAUGCCCGAAGUGAGGGUGUCUCUGGUGGCGUGCUGCGCUAGUGUCCUGCACGUUUUCAAGUCCAAGAAGUUCCAGUCGGAGAAGUUGGAGAGGUUAUACCAGCGCUACUUUUUUCGUCUGAACCAGAGCAGCUUGACUAUGCUUAUGGCCGUUUUAGUACUGCUUUUUACGGUCAUGCUGGGCUUCCACUGCGCUGGAGGAGCCAAUAUCACUUACGUUGUGGUGUUUUCCGUUGCUAUCUUCCUUAUAUUAGUUCUAAUCGUGGUGUGUAAUCGCAACGCAUUCCACCAGGACCAUAUGUGGAUAGUAUGUUACGCGCUCAUACUUCUAGUUCUGGUGGUACAAGUGAUUGGAGUCUUGUUGGUGCAGCCCAGAAGUGCUACGGAGGGAGUUUGGUGGACGGUGUUCUUCAUUCACGUUAUCUACACGCUGUUACCGGUGAGGAUGCGCGCGGCGGUGAUCACGGGGCUCGUCCUGUCCACCAUCCACGUCGCCGUGUCGUGGAUGCUCAACGCUACAGACAGCUUCGUGUGGAAACAGAUAGUGUCAAACGUGCUGAUCUUCUCGUGCACAAACAUUGUGGGCGUGUGCACUCACUACCCCGCAGAGGGAUCCCAGAGACAGGCCUUCCAGGAGACCAGAGAGUGUAUCCAGGCACGACUCCACUCACAGAGGGAGAAUCAGCAACAGGAACGUCUGCUCCUCUCAGUGCUUCCACGUCACGUCGCCAUGGAGAUGAAAGCGGACAUCAACGCCAAGCAGGAAGACAUGAUGUUCCACAAGAUCUACAUCCAAAAACACGAUAAUGUCAGUAUCCUGUUUGCAGACAUCGAGGGCUUCACCAGUCUGGCCUCUCAGUGCACAGCUCAGGAGCUCGUCAUGACCCUCAAUGAACUCUUCGCUCGCUUUGACAAACUGGCAGCGGAGAACCACUGUCUGCGCAUUAAGAUCCUGGGGGACUGUUACUACUGUGUGUCUGGUUUACCUGAGGCUCGUGCUGACCACGCCCACUGCUGUGUGGAGAUGGGGCUCGACAUGAUAGAGGCCAUAUCUCUGGUGCGGGAGGUGACUGGUGUGAACGUGAACAUGCGCGUUGGCAUCCACAGCGGUAGGGUGCACUGUGGAGUCCUCGGACUCAGGAAGUGGCAGUUUGACGUCUGGUCCAACGACGUGACAUUAGCCAAUCAGAUGGAGGCGGGAGGAAAAGCGGGGCGUAUUCACAUCACAAAGGCCACUCUGAACUAUCUAAACGGUGACUACGACGUGGAGCCUGGAGCAGGAGGAGAGAGAAACGCAUAUCUGAAAAAGCACAACAUAGAAACCUACCUCAUUGUCGGCUGCAGCCAGAAAAGGAAAGAGGAGAAAGCCAUGAUCGCCAAAAUGAACCGGCAGAGGACGAACUCUGUGACCCACAACAGCGGACACUGGACGGAUCGACCGUUUUACAACCACCUUGGAGGAAACCAGAUCUCCAAAGAAAUGAAGAGGAUGGGAUUUGAAGACCCUAAGGACAAGAACACUCAGGAGAACAUGAACCCAGAGGAUGAGGUGGAUGAGUUUUUGGGCCGAGCCAUCGACGCGCGGAGCAUUGACCGCCUCCGAUCAGAACACGUCAAGAAGUUCCUCCUGACUUUCAGAGAGCCAGACCUGGAGAAGAAGUACUCUAAACAGGUGGACUCCAGGUUCGGGGCGUACGUGGCCUGUGCUUCUCUCGUCUUUCUCUUCAUCUGCUUCAUUCAGGUCAUCAUUGUUCCACACUCCAGUUUGAUGGUGGGCUUCUUCGUCACUUGUCUCAUUAUCCUGACAGCUGUCAUGUUCGUGUCCACCAUCUACUGCUGCUAUGGGCUAUUCCCCACCCCUCUCCAAACUGUGUCCAAGAGGAUCGUCCAGUCCAGACUCAAGAGCACUUUAGUGGGAGUCUUCACCAUCGUCCUGGUCUUUCUCUCAGCUUUCAUCAACAUUUUCACCUGCAGCCCUCAUGACCUGCGUGGUUGUAUCGCCUCAGAGAUGAACAUUUCGUGGGACAGUGUUGGGCCGUGUCACCCUCAGCUCCUGAACCUGAGCCUGGACUCAGAGCAGACCCCCUGUGCACAGCCGGGCUCUACUGUCUGCAGCUUCCCUGAGUAUUUCACUCUGUGUGUCCUCCUGAGCCUGCUGGCCUGCUCAGUCUUCCUGCAGGUGUCCAGUAUUGGGAAGCUGAGUCUGAUGUUGGUCAUUGAGCUUCUGUAUGUCCUGGUGCUAGAGGUGCCCUCAGCCAGUCUGUUUGACAACCAGGACCUGCUCAUCAUGGCCAACGCUGUCAACACAACGUAUGUCUAUUGAAAUCACUUCAAAUUAAUAUAAUGCACGUAUUUGUGUCCACUAGGGUUGUCAAAAGUCCCUCUGAAGAUCAUGACUCCUGUAGUGAUCACUGUGUUUGUACUGGCACUGUAUCUGCACGCUCAGCAGGUCGAGUCCACAGCCAGACUAGACUUUCUGUGGAAACUACAGGCCACAGAGGAGAAGGAAGAGAUGGAGGAGCUUCAGGCCUAUAACCGCCGUCUGCUCCACAACAUUUUACCCAAAGAUGUGGCGGCUCACUUCCUCCAGAGAGAGCGGCGAAAUGACGAACUGUAUUACCAGUCCUGUGAAUGCGUGGCGGUCAUGUUCGCCUCCAUCAGUAACUUCUCUGAGUUUUAUGUGGAGCUGGAGGCCAAUAACGAAGGAGUGGAGUGUCUGAGGCUGCUCAAUGAGAUCAUCGCAGAUUUUGACGAGAUCAUCAGUGAGGAGCAGUUCCGUCAGCUGGAAAAGAUAAAGACGAUUGGCUCCACGUACAUGGCUGCCUCUGGUCUGAACGACUCCACAUAUGAUAAAACUGGACGCUCUCACAUCAGAGCUCUGGCCGACUACGCCAUGAGACUCAUGGACCAGAUGAAGUACAUCAACGAGCACUCCUUCAACAACUUCAAGAUGAAAAUAGGUCUAAACAUUGGUCCGGUGGUGGCUGGGGUGAUCGGAGCCAGAAAACCUCAAUACGACAUUUGGGGAAACACAGUGAAUGUGGCAAGUCGAAUGGACAGUACAGGUGUCCCAGAGAGGAUACAGGUCACUACAGAUCUGUACCAGGUUUUAAGUUCUUAUAACUACACAUUGGAGUACAGAGGCAUCGUCACCGUCAAAGGCAAAGGAGAUAUGAUGACUUAUUUUCUCACUGGGGGACCACCGAACAGCUAACCCACGCUAACAGACCUAUGCUAACUCCACUUUUUAUGGAUUUAACAUUGAACAAGAUGGACCAGUGUAACAUACAGCCACUUCGGGAUUAUUUUUGCUGCGAGUGUUACCAAAAUGGCUACUUUUUGGAUGUAAUUUUUCAUUUUAAAACUUUCAAAGAAGGACUAUAAUAUGUGGAAGUGGACUUUUUUUGAGACCAAAGAUACAAAGCUUCUAUUGGAGAAAUUAUAUACUUUGUUAUGGGCCCAGAAAGGACAAUAUGAACUUAUUCCAAUGUGUUUUAAAGCUCUUAUUUUGAAAGGCUGCACAUGUUUACUUCCUGUUCGUCAGCGGCGUUAUAAAAGGAUGUCAGAAGAGCUUUUUUACACUUGUUUUUUUGUAUUUUAACGGCACCAAAAUGUCUGAAGCUGAAGAUAUUUUAAAACUAGUCUAUAUUUUGUACAUUAUUAUAUUUGAGAGAGCUAUCUUUAAACACCAAUGCGUAUUCAGAUUGUACAGUCUAUGGUCCUCUCCUUUGGGAUGUUUUCCAAGCUUUUCUGGUGGUAAUUACAGAUAAUAUUUGACACUUUUUGAAUCACUUCUAGUCUGAUAAAUGUGGGGUUAAUGUUGCGUUCAUGUGGUCCAAAGGUGAUGAAUCAUUUUAAAAAUCUGUGUUUGAUUUUUUUUUAAAACUCUACAGUGUAAUUUUUCUGGUAGGGGUUAUGCCACCUGUUGGUCUACAAGGAGAUGUAUUGCUUUGCCUGGAAUAUUCCACAGCAUUUGACAAAUUUAGCUAGCAUUUAUUCAAAUAUGUGUGGUUUUCUUACUCAAAAAGUAUUGCGUAAACAAUGGAUUCUUACGGCUCAUCUAUCCACAGAUCUAACUGGUAACUUUGCCUUGGCACCAAAUUGAGAUAAUUAAGUUUAUUGUCAUAUUGUUGAACCAUUCAGGCAAAGCUAAAACAUCUACAUUAAGACAAAUAAGCAGGUCUACGCCAGAAAAGUUACAUAGU